GUUGAGGCGGGGCGAGGCCUGUGGGUCUGGCCCCGAGCGAAUGGCUUGGUAGAGAGUCAGAGAACUCUAUUUUUUUACUUAAUGAUGCUUCUUGAUGUCUAUGCACAAGGAUAAAUUUGUAUUACUGGAAUAUCGUGGCCAAAGGACCUGUUGAAUUUUUCACUUUCAUUGAUACUACAGAUAUUUUCUGAAUUGGCAAGUCCUCCAAGAAACUAUAAAAAUGUGUGUGUGCAAUGGCUGCACACAGCAGCUUCCUUGGUAGUGUACGCAGCCUGUUGGUUGUAUGGGUUGCUCUAAGGGACCUUGGAGACAGGCCUUUCCGAUGGAUGUUCAUGUUUCUGACGUUGCACUACCACAAUGUAGGCUCCAAACAGGCAUGCGAGGUGGCUUUGGAAAGCCCCAGGGCACUGUGGCCAGGGUUGACAUUGGCCAAGUUAUCAUGUCCAUCCGCACCAAGCUGCAGAACAAGGAGCAUGCGAUUGAGGCCCUGCGCAGGGCCAAGUUCAAGUUUCCUGGCCGCCAGAAGAUCUACAUCUCAAAGAAGUGGGGCUUCACCAAGUUCAAUGCUGAUGAAUUUGAAGACAUGGUGGUUGAGAAGCGGCUCAUCCCAGAUGGAUGUGGGGUCAAGUACAUCCCCAAUCGUGGCCCUCUGGACAAGUGGCUGGCCCUGCACUCAUGAGGGCUUCCAAUGUGCUGCCCCCCUAUUAAUACUCACCAAUAAAUUCUACUUCCUGUCCAAAAAAAAAAGUGUGUGUGUGUAUAUAUAUAUAUAUAUAUAUAUACGCGUAUAUAUAUAUAUAUAUAUACGCACGCCUCCUGAAGCCAGGAGGCGGAGAUUGCAGUGACCUGAGAUCGCGCCACCACACUCCAGCCUGAGUGACAGAGCGAAACUCCGUCUCAAAAAAAAAAAAAAAAAAAGAAUAGGAAAGAGAUUGUGGAGGUUGCAGUGAGCCCAGAUCGCGCCACUGCACUCCAGCCUGUGCGACGGGUGCGAGACUCCAUCUCAAAAAAAAAAAAAAUCAUGUUACUGCAAAGGACAUGAUUUCAUUAUCUUUUUUUUUUUUACAUUUGGGACAGGGUCUCGCUCUGUCACCCAGUCUGGAGUGCAGUGGCGAAAUUAUAGCUCACUGCAGCCUUAACCUCUGGGGCUCAAGUGAUCCGAUCCUUCCACCUCAGUCUCCCGAGUAGCUGGGACUGUAGGCGCAUGCUAACACGCCCGGCUAAUUUUUGUUUUGUUUUUUGAGAUGAAGUCUUGCUGCGUCACCCAGGCUGGAGUGCAGUGGCACAAUCUCGGCUCACUGCAACCUCCACCUCCCAGGUUCAAGUGAUUCUCCUGCCUCAGCCUCCCGAGUAGCUGGGACUACAGGCGCCCGCCACCAUGUCCGGCUAAUUUUUAUGUUUUUAGUAGAGAUGAGGUUUCACUAUAUUGGCCAGGCUGGUCUCGAACUUCUGACCUCAGGUGAUCCACCUGCCUCAGCUUCCCAGAAUGCUGGGAUUACAGGUGUGAGCCACUGCGCCCGGCUAAUUUUUGUAUUUUGUUGUAGAGCUGGGGUUUUGCCAUGUUGCUCAGGCUGGUCUUGAACUCCUGGGCUCAAGUUCUUCCUGCCUCAGCCUCCCAAAGUACUAGGAUUACAGGCGUGAGCCACCACGCCCAGCUGAUUGCAUUCUUUUUUUAUGGCUGCAUUACGUGUGUCUUCUUGGCUUGUUGCCCUCCUAUAUCAGACUGAAUUCUGGGGUGGCAGGUGGGACUUGUGCACCCCGGCCCUGCUGAGGUGCUCAGAUAAUGGGGGGAGGAAACUCCUAUGCCCCUCCCUCCACCCCUAAGAUUAUUUCCCUUCUUGUGAACUCUGGCAGGGGAAGGGGAGUGCCUUUAAGUUUGGCAGAACCCAGGUGUCCCUUCCCUGCCAUCCCUACUCAGUUACAGGGGGUUCCUGCACCACCAGCAUACAGGGCUGGAGAGAGGGAAGUAGUCAGGUGAGAGCAAAAGAAACCCACAUACAAGCUCCUUCCUCUGGGCCAGGAACCCAAGAAGCAAGGGGGGAGAAGAAGCCUCCCCAGCUUGCUCCUUGGGUCUUGACCCAAAACUCUACCUCCUGGGAAGUAUCCACCUCCCCCAAGGAAAAGCGGCUGUGAGAACAGCAGAUCUUCCUACAGCAGGCCAGGUCUCCAUGUGCAACCACAGCAGUGAGCCUUCACCAACACCUUGUGGUAGCUCUGAUGAAUACGUAAGUUAAAUAUUAAAGACCUGGAAAAACUGGGGCCUUCGAGCAAAGGCUAGAAGGUAAAACAAAGUCCUUAAGACCCUGCCUGGGUUUUCUCAGAACUUAAGAGUUCAGUUAAAAUAAUGGAGGCAUUCUUACAUACCUUGUAAACCUUGUACCAGGAUCCACUUUAUUUUUUAAAAUUUACUUUCUUUGGCAUCGGCUCCUCUCUCCUCUCUCCUCUCCCCUCUCCCCUCUCCUCUCCCCUCUCCCCUCUCUCCUCUCCCCUCUUUCCACGGUCUCCCUCUGAUGCCGAGCCGAAGCUGGACGGUACUGCUGCCAUCUCAGCUCACUGCAACCUCCCUGCCUGAUUCUCCUGCCUCAGCCUGCCGAGUGCCUGCGAUUGCAGGCGCGUGCCGCCACGCCUGACUGGUUUUCGUAUUUUUUUGGUGGAGACGGGGUUUCGAUGUGUCGGCCGGGCUGGUCUCCAGCUCCUAACCGCGAGUGAUCUGCCAGCCUCGGCCUCCCGAGGUGCCGGGAUUGCAGACGGAGUCUCGUUAACUCAGUGCUCAAUGGCGCCCAGGCUGGAGUGCAGUGGCGUGAACUCGGCUCGCUACAACCACCUCCCAGCCGCCUGCCUUGGCCUCCCUUAGUGCCGAGAUUGCAGCCUCUACCUGGCAGCCACCCCGUCUGGGAAGUGAGGAGCGUCUCCGCCUGACCGCCCAUCGUCUGGGAUGUGAGGAGCCCCUCUGCCUGGCUGCCCAGUCUGGAAAGUGAGGAGCGUCUCUGCCCGGCCGCCAUCCCAUCUAGGAAGUGAGGAGCGUCUCUGCCCGGCCGCCCAUCGUCUGAGAUGUGGGGAGCACCUCUGCCCUGCCGCCCUGUCCGGGAUGUGAGGAGCGUCUCUGCCCGGCCGCCCCAUCUGAGAAGUGGGGAGACCCUCUGCCUGGCAACCGCCCCGUCUGAGAAGUGAGGAGCCCCUCUGCCCGGCAGCCACCCCGUCUGAGAAGUGAGGAGCGUCCUCCCUCCUCGUCCGGGAGGGAGGUGGGGGGGUCAGCCCCCCGCCCGGCCAGCCGCCCUGUCCGGGAGGUGAGGGGCGCCUCUGCCCGGCCGCCCCUGCUGGGAAGUGAGGAGCCCCUCUGCCCGGCCGGCCGCUCCGUCCGGGAGGGAGGUGGGGGGGUCGGCCCCCCGCCCGGCCAGCCGCCCCGUCCGGGAGGUGAGGGGCGCCUCUGCCCGGCCGCCCCUACCGGGAAGUGAGGAGCCCCUCUGCCCGGCCAGCCGCCCCGUCCGGGAGGGAGGUGGGGGGGUCAGCCCCCCGCCCGGCCAGCCGCCCCGUCCGGGAGGGAGGUGGGGGGAUCAGUCCCCCGCCCGGCCAGCCGCCCUGUCCGGGAGGUAGGGGGCGCCUCUGCCCAGCCGCCCCUACUGGGAAGUGAGGAGCCCCUCUGCCCGGCCAGCCGCUCUGUCUGGGAGGGAGGUGGGGGGGUCAGCCCCCCGCCCGGCCAGCCGCCCCGUCCGGGAGGGAGGUGGGGGGGUUAGCCCCCCGCCUGGCCAGCCGCCCCGUCCGGGAGGUGAGGGGCGCCUCUGCCCGGCCACCCCUACUGGGAAGUGAGGAGCCCCUCUGCCCGGCCAGCCGCCCUGUCCGGGAGGGAGGUGGGGGGUCAGCCCCCCGCCCGGCCAGCCGCCCCGUCCGGGAGGUGAGGGGCGCUUCUGCCCGGCCGCCCCUACUGGGAAGUGAGGAGCUCCUCUGCCCGGCCACCACCCCAUCUGGGAGGUGUACUCAACAGCUCAUUGAGAACGGGCCAUGAAGACAAUGGCGGUUUUGUGGAAUAGAAAGGGGGGAAAGGUGGGGAAAAGAUUGAGAAAUCGGAUGGUUGCCGUGUCUGUGUAGAAAGAGGUAGACAUGGGAGACUUUUCAUUUUGUUCUGUACUAAGAAAAAUUCUUCUGCCUUGGGAUCCUGUUGAUCUGUGACCUUACCCCCAACCCUGUGCUCUCUGAAACAUGUGCUGUAUCCACUCAGGGUUGAAUGGAUUAAGGGCGGUGCAAGAUGUGCUUUGUUAAACAGAUGCUUGAAGGCAGCAUGUUCAUUAAGAGUCAUCACCACUCCCUAAUCUCAAGUACCCAGGGACACAAACACUGCGGAAGGCCGCAGGGUCCUCUGCCUCGGAAAACCAGAGAACUUUGUUCACUUGUUUAUCUGCUGACCUUCCCUCCACUAUUGUCCUGUGACCCUGCCAAAUCCCCCUCAGCGAGAAACACCCAAGAAUGAUCAAUAAAAAAUAAAAAUAAAAAAAUAAAAAAAAAAGAAAAUAAAAAAUCUUAGCAAACAUAGGGAGAAUUAUAAACUAACAUUUAUCAUACAUACCCAUCACAAGGCUUCAGCAAUUCUCAUACUUUUCUCUUUCAUUUUUAAUUAUCAACUUCAAUUAUUCUGGUAAUAUUUUAAAGUAAGUAUAUUAUGUUGUCAGUUUGUAGAAAUCUGAGUACCUAUAUCUAAGAAAUAAAGAGAAAAAUAAAAAUAGUACUAUAAAAUCUAAGUAAAUACAAGUAUUCUUUAAAAAAAUAAAAAUAAAAAAAAAUAAAAUUUAUUUUCUUUUCUUUAUUAUUUUGAGACAGAGUUUCGCUCUUGUUGCCCAGGCUGGAGUGCAGUGGCACGAUCUCGGCUCACUGCAACCUCCACCUCCCGGGUUCAAGCCAUUCUCCUGCCUCAGCCUCCCGAGUUGCUGGGAUUUAAGGCAUGCGCCACCAUGCCCAGCUAAUUUUGUAUUUUUAGUAGAGAUGGGGUUUCACCAUGUUGGUCAGACUGGUUUCGAACUCCUGACCUCAGGUGAUAGCUGAUCCGCCCGCCUCGGCCUCCCAAAGUGGUGGGAUUACAGGUGUGAGCCACUGCGCCCAGCCUUUUUUUUUUUUUUUUUUUUGAGAGAGAGUCCGACUCUGUCCCCCAGGCUGGAGUGUAGUGGUGUGAUCUCGGCUCACUGCAACCUUUGCCUCCUGAGUUCAAGUGAUUCUCGUGCCUCAGCCUCCCAGGUAGCUGAAACUACAGGCAUGUGCCACCACACCUGGCUAAUUUUUGUAUUUUUAGUAGAGACAGGGUUUUGCCAUGUUGCCCAGGCUGGUCUUGAACUCCUGACUUCAGGUGAUCUACCACCUUGGUCUCCCAGUGUUGGGAUUACAGGUGUGAUGUAAUGGCACCCGGCCCCAUUUUCCUCUUCUCUCAGCAGCACUUCCCAUCCCUUUCCCAACUCCUCGCCCCACAGCUCAGCACCAAGACCCUGUGCUUGGCAGAUCUUUGAAUCAAGCACUGAGAAAUUAGAACAUUUUGAAAAAGCAAACAUUUCCUUUUCCACCCCCGGUGAUUACAAAAGUAACAUAUGUUCUGUGUCAGAAAUCUGGAAAAACACCACAAAGAGGGAAAAUGAGGCCGGGUGUGGUCGCUCAUGCCUGUAAUUCCAGCACUUUGGGAGGAUCACUUGAGGCCAGGAGUUUGAGACCAGCCAGGGCAACAUAGUGAGACUGUCUCUCCAAAAAUUAAAAAAAUCAGCCAGGCGUGGUGGUGCACGCCUGAAGUCCCAGGAGGUGAGUCCCCUUGAGUCCAGGAAUUGGAGGCUGCAGUGAGCUAUAAUUGUGCCACUGCACUCCAGCCUGGGUGACAGAGCAAGACACUGUCUCAAAAAAAAAAAAAAAUUAAAAAAUUAAAAAAUUAAAAAAAAAGAAGGGAGAAUGAGACUCUCAGUAAUCCUACCAUGAAGUGGUAACUACAGUCAAUGCUUGUGUGACCCCGCAUUUCUUUGUUUUCAAACAGUCUCACUCUGUUGCCCAGGCUGGAGUGCAGUGGCAUGAUCUCAGCUCACUGUGACCUCUGCCUCCUGGGUUCAAGCGAUUCUCCUGCCUCAGCCUCCUGCGUAGCUAGGAUUACAGACGCCUGCCACAUUUUUGUAUUUUUAGUAGAGAUGGGGUUUCCCCAGUUGGCCAGGCUGGUCUCGAACUCCUGACCUCAAGUGAUCCACCCACCUUGGCCUCCCAAAGUGUUGGGAUUAUAGGUGUGAGCCACCGUGCCCGGCCGUGACCCAGGAUUUCUAAGAGAAUGCAAAGAUGUGCUGCUUCUAAACUUCCUUAGGCACCUCAGCCCCCUCAGCUCACUUUUGACCUUCCAAUCUGUUUCAUCCCAGCUAGAGUCUCCCCAAAAGCAGAGGCAGGGGAAUUCCCACAAAGGAAUGCCCUAAAUCAUCCCAAGAUGGGGCCAGUGGGGAUUUCAAGAAAACACCAAUUACCAGAGCAAUCAGUCCAAAGCGUUUAUUAGGGAAACUUACAGAGUGCUCCAACAAUCAUCAAGACAGGAACGAAAAGGGGUGUUCUACCGAGGCACAGCUGCAGCUAGGGGGUCAAGACAUGGAGUUCAGAUGCACAAGUCAGCAUGUCUGGUUUCCAUUACUAUUUUGAGUAAUGGGCCACCUGCUGGUCUGGCAGGUGUCAGCUUGACCAAAACAGGAUUGUGGAUUCUUUCCCUGGGAUGGGACGUUCCACAACCUUGGUUUUAUAUUUAGAUUUUCCUCCUUUUUGUUUGGUUUCUUUUGGAGACGGAGUCUCACUAUGUCUCCCAGGCUGGAGUGUAGUGGCGUGACCUCGGCUCACUGCAGCCUCUGCCCCCCUGGGUUCAAGAGAAGAAUUCUCCUGUCUCAGCCUCCCAAGUAGCUGAGACUACAGGCACAGGCCACCACGCCCGGCUAAUUUUUUGUAUUUUAGUAGAGACGGGGUUUCAGCGUGUUGCCCAGGCUGGUCUCCAACUCCUGAACUCACACAAUCCGCCUGCCUUGGCCUCCCAAAGUGCCAGGAUUACAGGUGUGAGCCACCACACCUGGCCUAUAUUUAGAUUUUCAAGGCCAGUUUCUGGAAUUUUUAAGCAAAGUACACGGGUUAAACAUUAUGAGACCUUAGCAUAGAAAAACAGAAGAAAGGUUGGGCGUGGUGGCUUACACCUGUAAUCCCAGCACUUUGGGAGGCCGAGGCAGGCGGAUCACCUGAGGUCGGGAGAUCGAGACCAGCCUGACCAACAUGGAGAAACCCCGUCUCUACCGAAAAUACAAAAUUAGCUAGGCAUGGUGGUGCAUGCCUGUAAUCCUGGGAGUUUCUCUCUUGUUGCCCAGGCUGGAGUGCAAUGGCACCAUCUCGACUCACCGCAACCUCCGCCUCCCUCGUUCAUGUGAUUCUCCUGCCUCAGCCUCCCAAGUGGCUGGGAUUACAGGCAUGCGCCACCAUGCCAGGCUAAUUUUGUAUUUUUACAAAAUUAAAGAGAUGGGGUUUCUCCAUGUUGGUCAGGCAGGUCUUGAACUCUUGGCCUUAGGUGAUGUGCCCACCUUGGCCUCCCAAACUGCUGGGAUUACAGGCUUGAGCCACUGCGCCUGGCCUUGGAGAAUUCUUAAACCACUGUAGCAGUAUAGUUCAACGAUACUAAAAGGUGGUUUUAGUCUCUGGAUCCUGCCAUUCAAAAGCAAAUAGGCCGGUUGCGGUGGCUCACGCCUGUAAUCCCAGCACUUUGGGAGGUCGAGGUGGGCAGAUCACUUGAGGUCAGCAGUUUGAGACCAGCCUGGACAACAUGGUGAAAUCCUGUCUCUACUAAAAAUACAAAAAUUAGCUGGGCGUGAUGGCAUGUGCCUGUAAUCCCAGCUACUAAGGAGGCUGAGGCAGGAGAAUCGCUUGAACACGGGAGGUUGCGGUGAGCUGAGUUUGUUCCACUGCACUCCAGCCUGGGCAACAGAGUG